AUAAUGGCCACCCGCCGCCUGGUGGGCAAACCCUACAAGGACAAGGACCCGGAGAAGACGCCGCCGCCGACGGCCGACCUCGCUCUCGCUGCCUACUCCUCGCGACCUCGCCCCCGCCCUCGCGUUCUCACCAUGACGGUGAAGCGCCGCAACGGUGGCCGGAACAAACAUGGCCGCGGCCAUGUCAAGUUGGUCCGCUGCAACAACUGCGCCAAGGCAGUCCCGAAGGACAAGGCGAUCAAACGAUACUGGGUGAAGAACGUCGUGGAGCUAGCCGCCAUCAGAGAUCUGAAAGAAGCAUGUCUGUUCGAGGGAUACGUUCUUCCCAAGCUCUACGACAAGUUGCAUUGGUGCAUCGGCUGCGCCAUCCACAGGCGCGAAAUCAGGGUUCGCUCCCGUAAGGACAGGAAGAACCGCGCACCGCCGCCGAGACACUUCCGCCCCAGGGAGGAAUGGCCUGUGGGUGACGCUCCUCGUCCUGGUGGUGACGGUGGGGGUACUGGUGGUGCUGGCGUUGGUUUCGGUGCCGGUGGUGGUGGCGGUGGGGGUACUGGUGGUGCUGGCGUUGGUUUCGGUGCUGGUGGUGCGGGCGGUGGUUUCGGUACUGGUGGUGCGGGCGGUGGUUUCGGUUCUGGUGGUGCUCGUAGCGGCUUCGGUACCGGUGCUCCAGCUCCCAUCGCUGGCGCCUGAUUUAGCUUCCUGGAAUGCUCCGCUUCUUCUUACCAGUCUAGCUCUUACCGUAGAACUUUAGCAUGAAGCCAAUGGGUACUGGAUGAAUUCUCUGCUAUUGCGUCGAAAAACCUGUUAUGUGGCCAGGCCAAAUGUUAUGUCUGAUCUACCUAGUUUUGAGCAUCGGUUAAGCACAAGGCUAUAUCUGCUUUUGCGUCUAUGACGUAGAAAAACCUGUUAUGUUGCCAGGCCAAAUGUUAUGUAUGAUCUACCUAGACAAGUCUAUUUGCUAUCUAUAUAUGUUAUUGCUCAGCAGGCACCACUUGCUGUUGUUGCUUUUUA